AUGUCUCCGGUCGUGGAUCUCAUGAAGAGGGACUGUUUCGCCUCCGGGGCCCUGAGUUCGGUGUCUCUCAAACACAGACUCAUCCGGAGGAAGAGGAGAGUGGCCCCGGGGCCCCAUGCCGACCGCGGGGGCCCCCAGCGCCUCAGAUGCCCCCUGGUGUCCGUUUGUGGUCAGAGCCCCACGGUGCAGAGGGUCCUGGGGGCCUGUGUCCUCUCUCUGCUGGCUCUGCUGGGGGCCGUGUCCUCAGACCUCCGCUCUCAGCUAGACCUGCUUCACUCCACGGACCGGGCCCUGGCUGAACUCGCCUCCUGCAGAAGCCGAGGCCUCCUGCUCCUGGUGGAUCGGCUGCAGGAGGUCCGCAGGCUGUGGAGGAGGAGGUCCGGAGCCCAGGAGGUGAUGGAGGUGAUGGAGGUGAUGGAGGGUCUGUGCUCGGACAGCGAUCAGUGUGGAGGAGAGAUGGACCAGGUGUGUGCAGAUGUACGACGAGUCCUCUUACGGGACCUGAGCAUCUCCGAGAGCUUACAGGAGGACCUCAACACGUCCAGGAACCUACAGGAGGACCUCAACACGUCCAGGAACCUACAGGAGGACCUCAACACGUCCAGGAACCUACAGGAGGACCUCAACACGUCCAGGACUCUACAGGAGGACCUCAACACGUCCAGGACUCUACAGGAGGACCUCAACACGUCCAGGACUCUACAGGAGGACCUCAGCAUGUCCAAUAGCUUACAGGAGGACCUCAGCAUGUCCAGUAGCUUACAGGAGGACCUCAGCAUAUCCAGUAGCUUACAGGAGGACCUCAGCAUGUCAAGUAGCUUACAGAAGGACCUCAGCAUGUCCAGGAGCUUACAGAAGGACCUCAGCAUGUCCAGGAGCUUACAGAAGGACCUCAGCAUGUCCAGGAGCUUACAGAAGGACCUCAGCAUGUCCAGGAGCUUACAGAAGGACCUCAGCAUAUCCAGUAGCUUACAGGAGGACCUCAGCAUGUCCAGUAGCUUACAGAAGGAUUCCAACAGGUCCAGAAGCUUACAGGACGCUUCCAACGUGUCUAGAACCCAACGAGGAGACCGUAACAGGUCUGAGCUGGACCUUAAUGGAAAUCUUGAUAUGUUCAAGAACUUUACACCAGACCAUAAUGUGACCCAAAGCCUGCGACAAGACUUCAACAUGUCUGAGAGACUACAGAAGGACUUCAGCCUGGCCAGUGGUCUACAGGAGAACCUCAACAACAGCCAAGAGAAGGACCAAAACCGGAAUGUGCCUCAAGACCUCACCAUGUUCAGGGACUUUACACAGGGCCUUAACGAUUCCAGGAAGUUCACAAAGAACCUCAAGAUGUCAGACACCCAACAAGAGGACCGUACCAUCUCUGAGAACCCACAGGGAGACUUGUCCAGAAGUCUACAGGAGAAACUUAACACAAGCCGAGAGGAGGAUCAUAACACAAUGGAGUCACAAGCCCACAUCAGCCUGAAAGAAGGCCGUAACAUGUCUGAAAGCUACCAGAAGGAUUUCAACAGGUCCAGAAGUCUCCCAGACCUCGGCACACCCACGCAGGACACUGACCCCUUCUCCUCCAGCAUCAGUCGGCUGCUGGGGCUGUGGACCCCUCUCCCAGAGACGCUGUCCCGAGCGAAGGAGCAGUCGUGCUGGAGAGAGGUGCUGGCCCUCCAAGUCCUGCGCUCAUACCAGGAGCUGUAUCUGCAGGUGUCUGGCUCAACGGCACAACAGGACUUCAGGCUCCAGUGGGCCUCUGUGUCGCGGCUGCUGGAGCUGUCGCGGAUGCUCUCCUCUCCUCUGGGCGAAUGCUGGGCUCACAACAUAGGACACACCCUAGAUCUGAUGGAGUUUAAGCCGUGGGAGGUGCAGGAGGACUCACCCAUGGGCAGAUCUUUGGGAGAGCACCUGAGGAGCACUAGUGUGUGUGUGAGGGAGCGGGCGGAGGAGACGCUGAGGCUGGAGGUGCGAGCCCUGACCUCCGCCCUGAGUCAGAGGCUGUGUCUGCUGGGCCUGGCCUGCCUCAUCUACCCCCUGGUGCUCUGCUCCUUCAGGCUGAUGAUGCAGUGGAUCCAGGACUACGCCCGCAGCCUGAAGGAGCGAACCGAAGACCUGAAGAGACAGAGGCAGCGCGCCGAAGACCUGCUGCACCAGAUGCUCCCCAAGUCUGUGGCCAAGCAGCUGCGGAGGAACCGGCACGUGGAGGCGGAGAGCUACGACAAGGUGACCAUCUUCUUCUCUGACAUCGUGGGCUUCACGUCUCUGUCUGCGUCCUGUCGCCCCCUGCAGGUCGUGGAGAUGCUCAACAACCUCUACAUGUGCUUCGACACACGCAUCGACUCCUACGACGUCUACAAGGUGGAGACCAUCGGAGACGCCUACAUGGUUGUGAGCGGGUUACCAGAGAGGAACGAGGACCGACAUGCAGACGAGAUCGCCAAGAUGGCCCUGGACCUGGUGGCGGCGGUGAGACAGGUGCCCAUCCCCCACAUGCCCAACCAGAGACUGCAGCUGAGGGCCGGCAUCCACACUGGACCAUGUGUGGCUGGGAUAGUGGGAUACAAAAUGCCCAGAUACUGUCUGUUUGGAGACACGGUCAACACGGCGUCCAGGAUGGAGUCCACCAGUCUGCCUCAGAAGAUCCACAUCAGUUCAGAGACUUAUCUCGCUCUAAUCAAAGACAACGUCUACGAGAUGCAGCUGCGAGGAGAGGUGGACGUCAAGGUGCAGACCUCCACCUGGUCCCGCUAUAUUCAACCCUGUCCUCUCAUCUGGUCUCCUCUCUCUGGUCUCCCUCUCCUCUGGUCUCCUCUCUUCUGGUCUCCCUCUCCUCUGGUCUCCUCUCUUCUGGUGUCCUCUCCUGGUCCAUAUCCUCUCUUCUAG